AUGGCUAGCCCUCUACUGUCGGUCGGGGGGCUGGCUUUGGUCGCGCACUAUUGGUUCAAGAAGUACGAGCCGACGGAUGUCCUCUCACUCGGUGUCUUACUUGGCUUAUUCCCGGUCCUGCCAGUCAUCAUGUCACCCCUAUCCUCAACCUCUACGCCAUUUGCCAUCCUCGCGGGCUAUUGUUCUUUCUAUGCUGCCUUGUUUUGUUCCAUCGCCAUAUAUCGGGUCUCACCGCUGCACACGCUAUACAAGUAUCCGGGACCAUUUAUCAGCAGGUUUUCGAACUUUCACCUGGUGCUCGUUGCUGCUCGGGGAAGGCAACAUCACUACUUCAAGAAGAUGCAUGAAAAGUACGGUCCCAUUGUUCGCCUGGGGCCGAACGUGCUAUCUAUUGUGGACGUCGAAUUACUUCCUUCCAUCCUCGGUGCAGAUGGCAUGCCAAAGGGUUCAAUGUGGGAUGGACGCCGGAUCUCCGGAAAUCAUGGACAGACUGCUGCCAGAAUUGCGAAAGGCGAUCUCGUUGGAGCUCGCGACAAGCAGAUCCAUGCGGAUGCACGGCGGGUGUGGAAUCGCGGUUUUACUAGCGCAUCUAUCAGGAAGUAUGAGCCCAUUCUCAUUCGGCGCGUGGGCCAAUUGGUUGAGAUGCUGGAAGCAAAAUGUCCCUCCGCUGUGACUCACGAUGCGAGUGUACCUGAAGAUAUGUCAAAAUGGCUGAACUUCUUCUCAUUCGACCUCAUGGGGGACUUUGUCUUCGGUGGUCCGUUCGAGUUUCUGCGCGAUGGUGACAAGGACGGCUUAUUGCAGACCAUUCAGGAUGGGUUACGUUUAUCAAGCCUUACGGGCCAUAUUCCAUGGUCGUUCAAGGCGGUCAUGAAACUGCCCUUCCUCCCACCGCAAAUGAAGGGAGUUGGGGAGUUUGCUCACAGGCAGGUCUUGAGGCGGCUGAAGGACGGUGCCAUACACGACGAUUUGUUCUACCACCUCAAUGACGAGGAAAAAAUCGACAAUGAUCCAACUCCCCUACCAGUCCUGGUCACAUACGCCGUCACAGCGAUCAUAGCAGGCUCAGACACGACUGCGUUCUCUCUGAGCAGCGCGUUGUAUCUGCUUAUUGAACACCCAGCGUGUUAUCAGCGGUUACGAUCUGAAGUGGACGCCACAUUCACUCCUGGAACCGGAUUGCCGACGGACUUUGCCAAGCUUGCGCAACUCGAGUACCUCAACGCGGUAGUUAACGAAACCUUGCGUUUGUUUCCUUCGGUGCCGACAUCGCUACAGCGUGCACCCACCCCAGGCAGUGGCGGCCACCUCCUUGGCCCCGACAUGUUCAUCGCCGAGGGUACGGCUGUCUAUGUGCCGCCCUACGUGUAUCACCGUGACCCGCGGUACUUUUAUCCCGACCCAGACGCAUUCCUCCCGGAGCGCUGGCUGAAAGGCGAAGACGACGUGGCGACGGUCCUCACCCCGAACGCGUUCAUGGCAUUCUCCGCAGGGCCAGCGAAUUGCAUUGGAAAGCCGCUCGCACUCAUGCAGAUGAGAAUCAUGCUGGCAUCCCUUCUCCAAGCCUUUGACAUGCGCUUCCCCGAGGGAUAUGAUAGCAGGCAGUGGCUAGACAGUCUAAAGGACUCGUUUGUGACGACGCGGGGAUCUUUGCCUGUGAUUUUGACCCGUCGCUCGAAGGAUUAA